AUGCAGGUCGAGUCGAGUCGAGUCAAUUCCAUUCGAGAAGGAGACAAGACAACUCUUACCAGGAUCCACCAGACCGUGGAGAAGAGGGGCCAGUGGCAGGGCGGGGGAGCAAUGUCGACUGAGAUGGAGAGCGGCUGUGGUUAUCACCAACAGCACGCCAGGGCCUGGCAGUGCCCAUCAGGUGGCCUGCAGCCACCCAUUCUCCAUUCCCCAGCGCCUUCCCAUUGGCCUGCAGGUGGCCCUUUCACCGAGAAGCAGCCCCCAAAGGAGCCCCUCGUUGCCCCCCUAAGGAAUCCGAAAGUGAGGCGAACGAGCAAGCGAGCCGGCAGGCUGGUAGGUGGCUUGAACACAGCCCACCAUCUCGUGAUCUAUUCCAUCGGCACGACGGACGCCGGGCCCAUCGCGUCGACAUCCACGUCCCUGCGGAUGGAUGUGAGGAUCAAGCAGCAUCUGGCUCAACGUAUCGAUGCGAGCCCGCGACCUUGGCUUUUGCCUGGUUCGCCCGGUUCGCCUGGUUCGCCUGGUCCGCCUUCAGGCAAAACUGAGGACCCCCAGCUUCCAGGUCCUGCCGUGCCGUCCGCUCUGCAUGCCCUCGCGGCCGCCCAUGUGCCUCAACGGUCUUCCAACCAGCCAGUGACAGCCUUCAUCCAGUCCAAGUCCGAGUACGCCACCGUCAUCAUGGCUGACCAAGCCUCGUUCGCCAUCCCGGAGCCCCGCUCAGCUUCGACAUUCAUUGCUAUGGGCGACCGAGGUCUGCAGCUCCCUGCCUCCUCAUUCACAGGCAGCAUGGACGGUCGUCCGCGCCCCCUUGAGCCCGAUCUGAACAGUGGUGGAAUUGUGUUGCCCGCCCCCAUUUCUGGUUUCAUUGAUCCCCUUGGUGAUUUGCAAUCUUCCGCCAUCAAUCGGAAUCCCCAAUCGCCUGAAAACUUUGUGCGGCCUGCGACACGCAACCCGAUCCUAGAUUGGUAUACCUCCCAGGAGAAGCCAUGGGACCCUAUCCAGGGCCGAACUGCACCCUUACCUCGAGCCGGAGACCUACGAGGCGGCAAGUUGAAUUACCGCCCAAGUGGACCCGCCUAUUCCGUCUAUCGAGAAACCCAUGUGCCAUCUGAGUGCGAGACAACGGGCCCCGGCGCACUGCCGUCAGACUCUGGUUACCAUAGUAGGGCCACGCAAAGUGUCUUUAACGGCUCUACUUGCGGGGAUAUCGACCGCAGUGGUGAGAAUGGGAGCAUCUCAAGCCACCUGGCUGGCCUCCAAGUCGAUCGCCCGGCUUUCUCGUCAGAAACCUGGAGACAGGCGUCCUUGCAGGCGACUCCUUUGCCUUUGAGUGUAGAGAGCGGGAACCUGGUGUGCCCGACCUGUCGUCAGAACGUCAAGACAAAGUCUGAGUUGAAAAAGCACAAGCAAAAACACGAGAAGCCCCACCGCUGCGACGUCCCCGGCUGCACACGCACCGAGGGCUUUAGCACACCGAACGAUGUCGAUCGGCACAAGAGAAGCUGCCAUCCCGACCAGGAUGCUAAUGGCAAAUACUAUAGGUGCAUCGUCGACGGUUGCCGCAAAAAGGACAAGAAAUGGCCCAGGGCGGAUAAUUUCAGGCAGCACUUGAAGAGAGUCCAUAUGAUGGAUGCUCGGGAUGAUGAUCUCGAAGCUUAUAUAUACAAAGACAGUCCUCGUGCAGACACCGAAUUCGCUGGCCUGGGAUCCGUAGGGGACGGCUUGCGGAUGGACGCCAGCCAUCCCGGUAGUGCCAUCCAUUCUAGCAAUUGGCCGUUCCUCGAUUUGAGGACAACACUGCAAGCAAUUCAAGAGCAAGCGCCGAGAGACUCCAGCAAUCUAGGCUACCCGGGCCAGCAGAUGGAUCCAUAUCAGGAUGGAAAUGUCACACAACAGCAACUGCACUUCAUGACGUCUAAUGGCACCGACGACCAACUUUCACGAGCUGCAAUGCAAAUUUCUCCAGCUGAUUCAGCAAAUGAAAGCGUGUCCUCACAACUUGAAGACACACAGUCAGAACCGCAAGAACAGGACGCCUUGGAGCAUGUCCAUCGGGCAAGCCCGAACGAGCAGUUCAUCGAAUCGGACUACUUGAACGAUGGUUCCACGCACGAGAGCGAGCUGUGCGAUGAAGAAAUGCCCUCCAUCACACAGGUCGAUCUACAAAUACCGGCUACUGAAGAGCCUAGGCGUAACCCGGAGGACAUUGUGCGGCCCUCUCAGGGCAACAACGAUUCGAUAUCGAGCGAAUCAGAGAGCGGAGAUACCCAAGAAAGUCUAAUUAGGCUGGAGGAUCACGCAUCGCAAGACACUGUGUCUCUAGGCAUGGCGACGACAGCAAGUGUCUCUGACCAACGCAUGUCUGACGAGACAGUCAAUGCCAUGCAAGCACACUACGGCACCGGGCUUGAGCUAUCAACAGAUGGAUCAAGUAUUAUCAACGACAGGAAUAGAGCAUCAGAGUUGAUAAAGGCCCUUGAGAACCAAGGAACUUUGGCAGAACUUCUGGAAGAACUCGGGUAUCACAAGCCGAGAGAAUCGGAAAACAGGACCCUGACAGCCCCCUCACUUCCCAAUGUCAUAGGUGACCUUGGUCAGGUGGUCUGCGACGAGCCGAAUUGUGGCAAAAUCUUUCCGAGGCCUUGUGAGCUCAAACUGGAUUAUUGCCGAGUCGGGCGCGACGGUGAGAGCAGAUUUUGGUGCGGCUUUUGCAAGGCCAUUGUCGAGACGAAGGGGAGGGACCUCAAAGCCGGAAUCGAGCGCUUCAAUCACAUUGAUGAUCAUUAUUCGGGCCGUAAUGCUCCCAGAAUGGACAUCUCCGAAUGGAAGAGCAUGGACCCUGAAUUCCCGACAAAAGAUAUGUCCUCGCCAGGCUCGGGCCGCGACAACCUCAGCGGAUCAUCCCAGGCAGUGUCCGCUCCUUCCACCAGCUCUGCAAACGGUCGCAAGAGAGAGGCCAUUUCCGAAGUACAGCAACCGAGGUCUCGCAAACGGCAACGGGCUGCCCAAGAGACAAUGUGGUUUUGCCCAUCUCAGAUGCAGCAAUUGCAGGGUCCACUCCGUUCCCCCAGAGCAACGAUUCGGGGCAUGAAUGAUGACUGUCUCACUGGCAUGGAAGAGACCCAGGCUCUUGAUUGGGCUACGUAA